AUGUCUGACAGGCUCAAGGAACGCAAAAGAACCCCGGUUUCUCAUAAAGUGAUCGAAAAGCGAAGGAGGGACCGAAUUAACCGCUGCUUGAACGAACUGGGCAAGACAGUCCCCAUGGCCCUGGCAAAACAGAGUUCCGGGAAACUGGAGAAGGCGGAGAUCCUGGAGAUGACAGUUCAGUACCUCAGAGCUCUGCAUUCCGCGGAUUUUCCCCGGGGAAGGGAAAAAGCAGAGCUUUUAGCAGAGUUUGCCAACUACUUCCACUAUGGUUACCAUGAGUGCAUGAAGAACCUGGUGCACUACCUCACCACCGUGGAGCGGAUGGAGACCAAAGACACCAAGUACGCGCGCAUCCUUGCCUUCUUGCAAUCCAAGGCUCGCCUGGGCGCGGAGCCCGCCUUUCCGCCGCUCUCGCUCCCGGAGCCGGAUUUCUCCUAUCAACUGCAUCCAGCCGGCCCAGAGUUCCCGGGCCACAGCCCGGGCGAAGCCACAGUGUUCCCGCAGGGGGCUACCCCAGGUUCAUUCCCUUGGCCUCCUGGAGCGGCCCGCAGCCCAGCACUGCCUUACUUGUCCAGCGCGACCGUACCUCUCCCCACUCCCGCACAGCCCCACAGCCCCUUCUUGGCUCCGAUGCAGGGCCUGGACCGGCAUUACCUAAAUCUGAUCGGCCAUGGCCACCCCAACACCCUCAACCUGCACACGCCCCAGCACCCUCCGGUGCUCUGACACCCACUCACCGCAUAGAUUACUUUGCGAUUUGGUGCCAGUUUGAGAC